UUCCAUAUUCAUCCUCUGGCCAUUAUCGGCCGUAGUGUAGCCGUCGCCGUCCGUCGCAGCAGCAGAACGUGUUUCCCGCGGCUGAUAAAAUGCAUUCUGGGAGUUUUAGUUCGCGAGUGAUCUUCCCAGUAGUGCACCGUAGUCGUUUAUAGUGGUGCCGCGUCGUGAGUGAUUGAAUAUAGCACGACGACGUGAAGAACCAGCGGGAACGUACUCACGUUGGUGCUUUGAAGUUUGUCCGCCCGUACAACACCGUGCUUCGUUUGGCACAUUAAUUAUUGACGAGAGCGAGAGUCGGUUCGUCAGAAGUUCGGCAGGGAACAGAGCAUCGCCAUUAAGCGGGUUAAUUGAUUCGAAUUUGAGACAGGAAGCUUAAACUGCUGUGACUGCGCUCGCUAAAUGGGGGCCGAAAUGGCGGAUCCUUCGAAACAUCAGCACCAUCAGCCGCAUGGCAAGAAUUCGGCAGCUGAUAAAGGUGCAAGCUGCAAUGGAACACCGACGUCGACGAUGACGACGAUAGACUGCGAUGGAGCGCCCGCCGACUUCGAGACGGCCAUCGCCGCCACCGGUUACGGCAAGUUCAACUUCCUGCUGCUGCUGGUCGCCCUGCCCUGUUGCAUGUGCACCGUGUUUGAGACGACCACCAUCUCGUACGUGCUUCCAAGCGCAGAGUGCGAUCUGCAUCUCUCGCUGGUCGACAAAGGAACACUGAAUGCGGUCACCUAUGGAGGCAUGAUAUCAUCGGCGUUCCUUUGGGGCUUCCUCUCGGAUAUGUACGGCCGCAAGCGUCUUCUGGUGUACGGCUUCUUCCUGGACGGAACGUUCAACGUGCUCUGCGCCAUCAGUCAGAAUGUGGUCGCAAUUAUGAUCUUCAAAUUUAUGGGCGGUUUUGUCAUAUGCGGACCGUUUGCGGUGCUGAUGGCCUAUCUGUCCGAGUUUCACAGCCUGCAGCAUCGAUCCCGGGUCAUGAUACUGGUCGGUAUCUUCUACAGCAUUGCGAAUGUGCUGCUGCCGUCGUUGGCCUGGAUCAUCAUCCCGCAGCAGUGGGGUUUUACGUUGUUUGGCGGAAAAUUCGAAAUCCACACCUGGCAAAUCUUCCUCGGCGUGUGCUGCAUCCCCAGCCUGCUGAGCGGCAUAAGUGUCAUGUUCCUCCCGGAGAGUCCCAAGUUCCUGAUGGCCCAGGGCCGCAACGGUGAAGCGAUGGCCGUAUUCCGGCGGUUGUAUGCCCUUAACACCGGCCGCAGCCCACACCAGUAUUCGAUUAAAGAGCUGGUGAAUGAAACUUUAGGAAGUGGAGCGGCGACGACUAGUCCUGGUGCUGACCAGGACCUGGACGGAAAAGUUAAGGCUAAUGGUGCCACUAGUGCUGGAGGAGAAAGCAAAACUAACAGGAGUGGCUUCCAGGCAGGAUUGCAGCAAAUUUUGGUUAUGUUCCGGCAACCGCACCUGAGAAACUCCCUGCAGGCUUAUGGGAUUCAGUUUGGAAUUUUGUUCGGACUCAACACCUUCCGGCUGUGGAUGCCCCAGCUCUUCACUAUCAUCGACGAGUACGAGUCGGAUCCGGCCUCGAUGCAGGAUGGUACUCUGUGCGACAUGUUGGCCUACAAAGUGAACAAAUCUAAUGCACUUCUUGCGUCGUCGUCGUCUUCGUUCUCGUCGAAUGAUGUGUUCCGGACUCCGGUGCUUAACGGCAGGGUGGGAGCUGCUGGAAGCUUCCUCGAUGAUGACCCGAACGUGCUGGACAUGAGCAAAGUCAUCCUGUGCGAAGCGACAAUCGAAGGCAACAUGUACCUUCAUUCAUUAAUCAUCGGAUCCGUCGGGGUUGGCGCCUAUUUGGUGACCACGGUGCUGAUUAAUUCCAUCGGCAAUCGGAACAUCCUCGUGUACGGUCUGCUCACAUCCGGAACGACCGGUUUGCUGCUGUACUGGUCCCGCAGCUCGCUGACCAUCCUGGCCCUGUCGUCGAUUUACAUUACCACCGCCAGCAUAGGAUCCACGGCCCUGGUGGGAUCGGUCGUUGCCAUGUUCCCCACGUCAAUGCGCACCAUGGUCGUCUCACUGACAAUGAUGUUCGGCCGGACCGGGUCCAUCAUCGGCAAUCUGCUGUUUCCCUAUCUGAUGUCCCUGGGCUGUUGGCCGCCGUUCGUCAUGAUUGGCAGCAUACAGAUCGUCGUCGCGCUAGCCGCGCUAACCAUUCCCAGGACGCUGAAAAAGCCACUGCAGUAAUUUGUACGAGGUACUUAUCCCAUUCACCGUGGAACAACUGGGAGUGACACAUAGACUGGGCGACUGGAUGUUUGUACAGUUUUGUAAGAAGCUAGAACUAGGUGUAUAGAUGUUAAGCGAGUUGAAAGUGAUAUACGGUAUGCAUAAUGGAAGUUAACUUAUUAAAUUCAAAUGACUGUG